AUGGCCGACAGCGUGGAGAAGCACAUGGUUGUUUUCUCAUUCCGCUCUCAGAAAAUACAGAAAUGCGUCAGCGUGGCGGCAGGAGAGGUGGACGAAGGCCUGGGGUCCAGUUCAGUUCCCUCUGCGUCCACCAGGCAGGAGGAGCUCGUCUUCCGUCCUCCGCUGCCCACAGUUGUGUUUUGGUCUCCGUUUCUAAGCGGACGCCACCCUCCUGACGGCGUGCCAGAGGACAGCGCAGAUCUCAGGUGCCAGCUCCAGUUCGCCAAAGAGGAGUCCGGCCUGAUGAGGAAGAAGAUGGCCAAACUGGGCCGCGAGAAGGACGAGCUGGAGCAGGAGCUGCAGAAGUACAAGUCGGUGUACGGGGACGUGGACAGCCCGCUGCCCCUGGCCGAGUGCCCGGGCGGCGGGCCCCACACCACCCGGGAGGCCGAGCUGCGGCUGCGCCUCAAGCUGGUGGAGGAGGAGGCCAACAUCCUGGGGCGGAAGAUCGUGGAGCUGGAGGUGGAGAACCGCAGCCUGCGGGCGGAGAACGAGGACAUCCGCUGCCAGUACGAGAGGGACUGCUUCGGGCGGGAGCCCUUCUCCAGCAUGCCCUCCUCGCCGUACGGCGGCGACCCGCUGGAGUCGGCCGGCGAGCUGCGCCGCCACCUGCAGUUUGUGGAGGAGGAGGCGGAGCUGCUGCGCCGCUCCAUCUCUGAAAUCGAGGACCACAACCGACAGCUGACCUCUGAGCUCAAUCGCUUCAAGUUCGGCCCCGGCGGCGGCGGUUCGGGGGCCGCGGCGGAGGAGGGCGGCGAGACGGGGCUGUUCAAACCCGGGAACGGCUCUGGCGGCGGCGGGAACGGCGGCGGCUUGAUGAUGGAGGAGCUGAAGUCGGCCCGGAUGCAGAUCAACGAGCUGAGCGGCAAGGUGAUGAAGCUGCAGUACGAGAACCGCGUCCUGAUGUCCAACGUCCAGCGCUGCGACCUGGCGGCGCACCUGGGCCUGCGCACGGGCAGCCCCCGGGACAGCGACACGGACAGCGACGCCGGCCGCAGGGAGGCGGCCGAGGACGAGGAGCCCGGCCGGCUGCACCUCCUCCAGCCCAAGAGGGAGGGCCCCGUGGGAGGGGAGAGCGACUCCGAGGACCUGUUCGAGAAGACGGCCACCACCUCGGGCCUGGGCAGCCUCAAGCCCUCGGACGGCAGCGAGCUCAGCGCCGCCGCCGAGCUGGCCGGCCGCAGGCGGGAGGAGCGGGAGUCCUUCGCCAACGUCAAGCGGGAGGCCGACCGGCUCGGCAAGACGGUGGACCGGCUGAUCACCGACACCGACAGCCUGAUCUUUGAGGGGAGGCUGACGGUGACCACCGGGGAGAGCCCGGAGCGCGGGGCAGCAGCGGCGGGGGCGGGGGCGGGGGCCUCCGGCCCGCGGCCGGACACUCAGGUCCUGGACUCCAUCAACACCCGCAUGAAGGCUUUCCGCACCGAGUUGCACAUCUUCGUGGAGAAACUGGACCACGCAGGGGAGGGCCUCAGAGAACGGACGGACGACCUGUCGCCCAUGCCCAACCUGACCGAGUCCAGCAGCUUCCUGUCCACGGUCACCUCCAUGUCCAGGGACUCUCCCAUCGGCACAUUCGGAAGAGACCUGGUGACGGACUUCCAGUCCGUUCAGAGGGAUGAGCUGGAGUGGCGUCUAGGACAGGAGCGAGGCGUGGAACCCCAGAGCCAGAGCCAGGGUGGGGGCCAGGCCCAGAGCAGGGGGACCACGGGACUCACUAGAGAUUGGGCCGGCCGUUAUGCAACGCGGCGCUCUGGCGGCGGCGGCGUGACACAGAGCCACGGCAGCCGGAGGGCCUCCUCCGGCCCUAAGCCGGGAGGGGAACUGAAUGAAGGGAAAGCAGCUCUGGGAUGCGGCGGGAUUAGCGCUGCACUGUCAGCAGGCGAGAUUUGCCUUCGGGACACGUCGGCUUCUGACUUCCAGUUUCGUCUGGAUCAUGAACGAAGGAUGAGAGCCACAGCCGAGGAACGGGAGGCCGUUGGUGCUCUGCCUCAGCUGGAGGAGGAGCGCCUGCGUCUGGAGGCUCCGCGGGACCCUCUGGAGCUCCAGGGUCUGCAGAGCCAGGAGGCGCCGUGGCCUCAGGAGCGAGCGGCGCUCCAGCAGGAGCUGCGUCUCUUCAGACGCAACACCGUGGUCUUCUACAUGAAGCUCCGGUGGAUCCUCACGCACUGGAGACUCGGCCGCAAGGACGACCCGGGGGACAAGCCGGCGCACCCGGAGUUCGAGAAGCUGGAGGGCUGCCCGGAGCUGGGCGUGAUAGUGGAGCAGUCGGAGGCCGAGCCGGACCCCGCUCCGUCAGGGGACACCACGGAGUCCGGCCCCCCCCCCGGCUCUGCCCUCGCCAGACCGCCACCCGCAGCAUCAGCGGCAGGUACGGGACGCCUCUCCGCCUCCUCCCCCGCCGGCUCUAUGAGCAAAACGCCGCAGGAAAUGAGCAGAACGCACCUACAGACGGCGUCUGGGAGCGUGUCGACCUCUUCGUUUGGUGAGAACCGGCGGGUGCUGCAGGCGGUGCGCGCGCUGCUGGAGGAGUUUCGGGAGGAGCUGCGGGACGAGGAGGCACGGCGACUCCAGCUGCAGCAGUCCUACGCCAACGACAAAGCCACCUGGGAGGUCAAGUGGGCAGAGAUGAAGUGCCAGGUUUCCCAGCUGGAGGGGGAGGCGCGGGGGGAGGCGCAGGGAGGCGAGGGCGAGCCGGCCGGAGACCCCGAGCGGCCGCUGAAGCAGGAGCGCGAGGAGCACCGGCGCCUGCUGGCCGAGAGCCACAGCACCUCGCUGGACCUCCGCUGGAAGCUGCAGCACGGCGAGAACAGGUGGAGCCGCGAGAGGGCGGAGCUCCUGGAGCGCUUCGACCGGGAGCGGCAGGAGUGGGACGGCAGCAUGAGGGAGCUCCACCACAAGAUGGAGAGGAUGCAGCGAGAGCUGAACUCCAGAAGAGGCGAGGGCCCUGAUGUCAGAGAUGGCGGCCGAGGGGUCUUCUCCCCCCAGGACAGCCCCUGCCCGCGCUCCCCUCGAGCCCCCCGGUCCCCCUGCGCCUCCGCCCCCCCGCCGGCGCCGCCCACCCGCUCCCAUUCGGACUCCGAGGCCUUGCUGGAGGAGCAGGGAGCUUUGAUGAGGCUGAAGGGCCCCACGGAGAGUCUGUUCCUGGACGCGCUGUCUCUGGACCCCCUGGGUGGCCUUCAGGUCCCGCCCCCCUCCAGACUGGAGGGUGAGAAGAGGUUCCCCUGCAUGAAGGAGGUAACGGCCAUGGAUGAGGCACUAAAUGAGAUUUCGGAGAGAGAGGCUGCUCCUGAUUACCCAGAAGAAGAGGAGGAAGAAGAAGAGAUGAGGGAGGGCGGCAGCCUGCUCAGGGCGAAGUCCGUGUGCUCCAUGAGCGACUUCCAGCGGCUGAUGGACAGCUCGCCGUUCCUGCCGGACAAGACGCGCCACGACGACGGCGGCGGCCAUGACGACGUCACGCCGCCCCUCUCCCCGGACGACCUCAAGUACAUCGAGGAGUUCAACAACAAGGGCUGGGACUUCCCCCCGUCCCCCUCCGGCCCCCGGCCGCUCCGGGAGGGGGAGCCCGCCCCCGAGGCCUUCCCGCCCGCCUCCUGGUUCCUGACCACCAGCGCCACGCUGACCACCAGCACCCUGAGCAGCCCGGAGCACUGCCACAGGCCCCCGCUCCGGGGCAACGGGGCGGGGGCCGGCGGGGUGGGGGUGGAGCACUACGGCCUCCACGUCCUGCACAGUCCCACCCGGCCCGGGGCGGCCGAGUGCCCCCCGGGGCAAGACCCGGACUUCCUGUACGCCAUGGGGACCAAAGCCCGGGGCGGGGGGGAGCCCGGGGGCACGGGCGGGGGGCCGGAGGAGGUUUUCAACAGCUCCCGCUGGCCCUGCCUCCUGGAGGCGGGGGGGCUCAGGACUUCCCCCAGCCAGUCGCCCAUCUGCCCCACGGUGGGCUUCGCCUCCUCCCUGGAGCUGCAGCUGUCCCGGAACCUGAGCGACGACAUGAAGGAGGUGGCCAUUUCGGUGCGGAACGCCAUCCGCUCGCCGGCGGGGCCGGCCUGCCGCGACUCGGCCUGCCAGACCAACGGGGUGACCAGCCGGGGCACGCAGACCACGCAGACCAUCAGCGUGGGCCUGCAGACCGACCUGCUGCGCAACCUGACCAGCAGCCCCCACCGCUGCCUCACGCCCAAGGGCGGCGCCACGCCCGUCUCCUCGCCCUCGCGCGGCGCCCGCAAGGUCCAGUACUCGCCCGUGGUCCAGAGCAAGUUCGAGCGGCCCUGCUGCUCGCCCAAGUACGGCUCGCCCAAGCUCCAGCGCCGGCCGUCGGCCGCCGGCAAGGCCGAGCCGCCCGCCGCCGCCGCCGCCGCCGGCCGCGCCCCCACGCCCACCACGCCGCAGAAGGGCCACAGCGAGUCGGCGUGGGCCCGCUCCACCACCACCCGCGACAGCCCCGUCCACACCACCAUCAACGACGGCCUGUCCAGCCUCUUCAACAUCAUCGACCACAGCCCCGUGGCGUACGACUCCCUCCAGAAGUUCAACAAGUCGCCCAGCCGCUCCCGCCCCCCCACCGCCGCCGACCCCGUCCCCGGCCCGCCCGCCGCUGACCCCUGGGGCGCGGCGCCGGAGGCCCCGCGGGCCGCCCGCGGCCGCUCGCCCAGCCCCGUCCAGCUGGCGGCGGAGACUCAGACGGGGGAGAGGAACCCGGAGGCGGCCGGAGGCCGGCCGGACCUCUCGGCCCCGCCGGGCUACACGCUGGCCGAGAACGCCGCCCGCAUCCUCAACAAGAAGCUGCAGGAGCAGGGCCUCAGGGAGGAGCGGCGCCCGCCACCCGCCGCCCGGCCGGCCGAGCAGCCCGCAGGCAUGGAGGACCUGCCCCGGUCUCCAGUGGCCCCGCCCCUGGACUCCUGCUUCCUGAGACCAGCGCGCCCGGCCAACCGGCGCCCCCCCUCCCGCUGGGCCGCCCGCUCCCCCUCCUCCUCCCCAAGGCGGAGCCAGGGCAUGAAGAGGAGGUUCACCUUCCCGCCGCUGGGGACCCGGAAGCCCAUCCUGGAAGGUGAGGAGCCGGCCCGGAACCUUCCAGAGGCCUCGGCGCCGCCGCAUCACGCCAUCUCUCUAAACCGGACCCCUACUUUGCACGAGCCUGUAGCUGCGCACAGAGACCUCCAGCAGACAAAGGGCAGCCGAGGGGGUUGUCAUGCCAACCACACAAAAAGCUCACGGCUCAGCACGGGCAAAAAAAACGGCUGGAUUCUCACAGGGUCGGGCCCGUCCCCGCUCUGCUCCUCGCCCUGGAGGCAGCAGACCGGAGCGUCCAGCAGCGUCCAGGGCCCCGGCCUACACGAGGAAAACACACCAUUGUGGGAGGGAAACAGACAUCCCCUUUGUGUGGGGGGUGUGCGAGGGGCGUUUGAACCCGGAGCCGAGGGAGCAGAGCCCCGUCACUCAGCCUGA